AUGCAUAUUCUCCAGCUACACGCUGAUCGUGAUGUAAAAAAUUGUUUGAAGGCUGCCGAGAUUGCACUUCGCUACUUAUUUGGCCUGUUGCAUAUUCAAUUCACGGCUAUAUGGCCAUCGGUGUAUGAAGCUAUUGCAAGUUAUUGUGGAGAAUCAGCGUAUUACGAUAAAAAGACGUCAGUCAUUAGUGCUAGUGAUAAUGUCGAUUCCUCAGCUAGUGGUGCUGCUGUUGGUGGUGCUUCUGUAGAACAUUCUACUUCAGGAGCAAAAGUCAACUGGAGUGUGGAGUGUAAAAAUCUUUUCUGGAGUUUAUUUCAACCUUUACUAUUUGAUGUAGAAGCAAGAAUAGCUAAUGUCAAAGAUUUAAAACAGGAAUCCAGCAAUUCUCCCGAUGAAAGUGUAUAUAGUUGUUCUUAUGAAACAGCUAUUCUUUGGUUCACAUAUACUCGUCCAGAUUUGUAUAGUUUAAUGAGAACAACAACUAAGAAAGAUUUAUUUAUUAUUGAAUCAAGAAAACAAACAGACUGGAUUACCUAUCGGUUAUGUCUUUGGAAGUGUUUACGUUGGAAAUGUGCUUCGAAAAAUACGCGUUUCCUGACACCUUUAUUAUUGAAUACAAUAAGUUCUGCACUUCAAUUCGGUAUGAAUAAAUCAUCAGAAGAGUUACUUUUGAUUAUCUUGGAUUUGUACGCUCAGUUUAAUAAUAUAAAAUCGAUCUACAUGCAGAAAGAAUUCAAGCAAGCUGUUUAUCAGCUGCUGAAAUUCAAACAACCGACUAUUCAAAAAGCAGCAUUCAAAUGUCUUCUUGCUUAUAAACAACCGGCUAUCAGUAAUUAUCAAGAACAAAUCGAAAAAAUAAUUGAUCCACAAACAUUUCGUGAUGCAGUAAGAACAUUUCGACUGGAUACAUCAUUGUACUCUUCUGAUCAUCGUGUUCAUAUUGCUGGAGUUUUGUUACGUAUAUUAUACGGACGCUUACAGCUAUCGAAAGGCCAAUUCACUUCAGCUGUAUUCACUAAUCUCGCUUUAUGUACAGACGCUGAAUUGAAUUUAUUCUUGAGCUUUUUGUUAGAUCCUUUAAUAAAGGAAUCUGAAAGUGAUGAAAUGACAACAUUAUGUAAUGAAAAUAAAUUAAACGAAUCUAUUCAAUAUGUUCGCCAGCGUGUUCAACAGACUGUUCAAGGGAAUGAUUCAUUGUCUUGGCCUCGUUUACAUGCAUUGUCGAAAAUUGUUGAUCAAGCUUUGAUGUAUAUGGGACAUCGUUUGAAUAUCGUCAGUUUAAAGGAUAGCGAAACAGCUAAUAGUAAUACUGAUGAAGAAUCACAAAUGGAUACCGUCAAUAACAAUAAUAAUAAGGCUAAUCAAAGUGAACAUGAUAACAAUGUUGUACGUGCUGAUAUCUUACUUCGUUUAAGUUUAUGCCUACUGGCUAUGGUUUAUGAAGUGAAAAUGAUUAAAUCACAAUCGCCAAAUAUAACUAAUCUUCGAUUGCCUUUAUCAUCACAAAUGAAAUCAGUUCGUUCUGCUGGUAGUAGUCUAUUGAUUCACUUAUUUUCAUCUAAAUGGCUUUGUACAAUUGAAUUCUGGAAUAAUAAUAAUAAUACCAACAACAACAGUGGUAUGACUGUUGAUGUUGACGCUGACAUUGUUCAACGUUCACUUAGUGUGAAACAAGUUUGCUGCAAUUCAUUCGUUUUAGACGACAUCCUGCAAAGUUCUAGUGUAUCUGUGAAUCAUCUAUUAAUACAACUUGGUAGUUUAUGGUCAUCAUCGAGUUGUCUUGCUUCGAAAUUCCUGAAUCAAUCAUUGGUGAAAACAUUUGUUACAUUAUUAAAUAAUCAUUAUACUGGUACGGUCAAAUUAAAAAAUGAUGUCAUUGAGAAACUUAUUGAAAUUAUACAUAAUCUCGUCUUCAUACCUGAUGUAUGUACGAUAGGUCGUGAAUUACUACUCCCGUUCCAUUCAGAAAUUGUUAAUUACCUGCAUAAACGCUUACAAGAGUUAUGCCAAGCUAAGUCUACAUUUUUUGCCAACCUUGGUAAACAACCUCAAUCUGGAUUAAGAUUACAACGUGAAUUCCAAGUUGUAGGCUACUUAGCUCAACUGCCUGAUGAACAGGAUAUUGAUGAUAUAGGUGAAAGUGAAGGAGCUUCUAGUUUUCUCAGUCCAACAGAAGGUGAAAAACUUCUUCAAGCCUUAUUACAGUUAUUAUCACGAUCAGCUAUACGUUCUUUGCGUACAAAUACUAACAACACGUCUAGAUCAGCAUCCUUUAAACGUCGUGCUCUAGUCAACUCAGAUGAAUCAGCUGCAUUAUAUGAUCUUCAGUUGGCUACUGGUGAAACAGUUGAAGCUGAACUAAUUCAAUCAAUUCUUCAUCUUGUACAUAUUACUAAAAAUAUUAGUGAGCACUACAAGAAAAUCCUGUAUUUAUUUGUCUGCUCGAAAUCACGUGUUGCUCGUAGUCUUUUGUGUCAAGUUGUUGGAGUGUGCUCAUCACGUUUGAAUACUUUCCCUUUAAAUCUGUUGGAAUUAUUGAGGAAGUUAAUCCACAGUAAUAAUGAUAAUCUGAAAACUGAACAAAAAGUGGACAGUUUGAAGUAUUUGAAGAAAUAUUUAUCCAAUUCGGAGGAUGCAGUUAAUAAUUUAAUUCAAAAUGUUUUAAAAAUGCUAAAUUCAUGGGAUCAAUCAUACAUAGAACAACCAGAUGUGUCCAAGCGCGAUGAAGCUUUCAAUCUACUGAUCGAGUUAUGCUUACUCUUAAAGUUGACUGAUCCACCAGAACAAACAGUAUUUUUACAUAUAGCUGGUUUAAACUGUGCAAUUUAUACAAUAUGCCAUGAAGACUUACAACUAAGAGAUACAGCACUUGAUUAUGCUGUCUGUGUUAUUCAAUCGAUUGAAUCAAGAUUAAUUGGUCAAAAAUUGAAUGAAUCUGAUGUAUACUAUCAAGAGUUAAUUGUUAAGUGUUUAUGGCCCAAUCUAAUCACAUAUUUACGUGAUUCUGCUGCACUUGGUCCUAAACGUCUACAUUUAUUACGUCUUCUCAACACUGUUGUUCGUGUAUAUCGAUCACGUUGUCAAUUUGCACCACAUGCACUAUUGUUAGACAUCAACUCAUCAAAUAAUGAUUUCUAUACUAAUCUACAAAGUGGUACACUUCAACGUCAAUCUUGUGCUAUCCGUCGACUUGCUUUAUUUCUGCAUAAUCCUUUAACAAUUGUUUCACGUCGUCAGUUAUCCUCAGUGCAUAAUCAACUGUUUGGUAGUGUGAAUAAGAAGUCAGACUUUCCAAUACCUCAAAAAGAUUUACGCAAUCUAUUUCUGCCUAUUUUAUGGUUUUAUUUAGAGCCUGAAUUACAUUCUCCAACGACUAGUAACAACUCGAAACAAUUGGAUUAUCAUAAAAAAUUAAUUGAAUAUUGUUUAGAUGCUAUCGGUGGGUUAGCCAAACACCUUCAUUGGAAAUCGUAUAGGAUACUUUUGGAAUCUGUUAUAUGUCGCUUGAAUUCUUGUGUAAAUACUAAUUUAGCCUCACAGAUUAUUAUUAACUUGAUUGAUGCUUUCCAACCUCCAGACUGGAAAGUGUCUAUAAAAUCCACUCAAGAGGAAGAAGAAGAAGGGGAAGAGAAACAAACAGAUGGAGGUCAUACUGUGGCCAGAAUCACUCCUCAUCCCAAACUCCUAACGUCAUCAUCAACAACAACGUGUCAAUCAGAAAAUUCAAGUAUCCUCAACUAUAUGUUGAGUGUGGUUAAGCGUCUGGAACCAUUCAUUGUAAAACCAACGAUUAAAACAAAAAAGAAGACUGAAAAUCCAACUGAUAAUGACAGUCGGUCAAAUAAUAAUCAGCCUCUUAAAAUAUCUUUGGUCAUAUCACUAGUUAUGUUACUUCGACGAUUACCUACUGGUUAUCUUGAAUCUCGUUUACCUCAUUUAUUACUUCGUGUUGUUGAUAUUUUACGACCAUCAAGAGAUAUUCAUUAUGAAGUACGUAGUGAAGCGGUAAAAUCACUUUCACGAAUGGCACGUCUUCUUGGUCCAGGGAAAGCAUUAGAUAAGAUGUUUGAAGUAGUCAGUCAACAGUUGAAUCGUGGUGGAUAUACCUACUGGCAAGUUAGAUUGUAUGCAUUACAUCGUGUUCUCCGUGAAGUGGAACAAGCAAUAUCAGCUGGUGAAGUUGCCUUCAAACCUGGUCAAUUGGAUAAUGUUGGUCGUAUAUUAGGACGUCUUUAUCUAGAUGAAAUGGUUGGUCGGUUAGCUGAAGAAAUGGAUUCAAGACGAUCAGGUGCACAAGCUUUCUCUGAUACACGUGUUAAAGACUCAUCAACUAGUAAUGAUUUAGGUGGAUCAACAGCUACUAUUGAUUUACCAGAAGCGAAUGGUUUCAAGUCUCCAGAAGGAGUUGCACGAUUAUGUCGAUUAUUAUCACCUGAUGGCAUAAUAAACUUAUUCACUGAUAUUAAGACAGCCCUUUCAUGCGCUGUUUCCGGUGGUGUAUUAGAACAAAUGUUGAAUCAAACAACCAGCUCAAGUACAAUAAAGUCAUCUGCUGCUUCUGUUGGAUGUGGACUUCGAUUUAGGCAUCGAGCAUUAGCUCGUCUAGAAUGCACGUUAAGUCGUUUACCAACAAAGAAUGCUAUCUUUUCAAAUAAAUACAUCAGUUCAGAUAUACAUGUAAUCAUUAAAUUGUUCCAACAAUUGGUUGAUGAAAAUCUUGCAGAAAUUUCAAUUCCAGAUGAGGAUUCUCAAGCAAAAAUUGAAAACACAUCAAACACAAUUGGAUCACAAAAUAGUAAAACUGUGACAGGCUGGUUACAACCUCAAUCAAAACCACUUGAACCACGUUGGCGCUAUUUAGAAGUAGAAAAGGAACCAGCACGUGAGAAUAAUACAUUGACGACACAGUCUGGGUUGACACAAGCACACGUUAUGGCAUGCUGUGGUUUAUAUUUGUUUGUUGGACUUAUACGUUAUCAAUGGUUGAAACAAGAUGAAUCAGAGCAUUUACAAUUGCUGAGUAGUUUGAUCCCAUCAAUCAUAACUUGUUUAAACUCAAAGUAUGUACAGGUAUUAGAAGUGGCUGUGAAGUGUGUCCGAUUGUUACUAUUAAUAGCCACAUCUAAGUCGACAGCCAGUAAAAUACCGAAAUUUCAAGAGUAUUUAAAUACCAUAGGUGAAAAGUUAUUCAGUGUUUUAGCCAAUCAGCAUGGUUUAUUGUCUGCUAAAACAGCAUCGUCUAACUGUCAUGCACAAAAUCUUGCCUCAGGUUUAUAUCGUGCAUUGGCUUCACUGGUUCGACAUCAGUACAGUUAUCCAUUGUCAAGAAGUCAAUUGUUGACAUUACUGAAUGCUGUUGAUAUUGAGUUGAAUCGUGAUGCAACUGUCAGCCCAUCACUUUCACUUCUUCACGCCAUCCUCCAACGUCGACUUCGUGAUCCAUCAGUUCAAACAGCUGAUGGUGAUUUCCUCAGUCUCCUCACUGAUCCUGAGGUGAGUAAAGAACUUCCGGUAAAUGGAUUAGUUGUCGCUAAACUAUCAGAUCGUGAUCAUGAUUCAGUCACAGGUGCUGGUGGUGGAACUCGUCUACUUGACUUGUUCAGUCGAUUGCAAGUACUGGCAAUCACCUCUCCAUCAGAUCAAAUUCGUGCAGAGUCUCGUUGUUGUUUGAUUACUUUCUUAUUGAAUUAUCCACACAAAGUUAAAUUCCUUCAUAGUUUUGUUGCAUUCUGUGUUCGACAGUUAGAGUAUAAGAAGUCGGCUGGUAGAUUAUCUGCAGCCAGUUUACUCAGUGGUCUUAUUUCUGAUUUACCAAUUACUCGUCUUAUGGGAAGUAGUCACUUAGACGAGGCUAUUCUACUCAGCGUGGGAGCAGCUAUUGAACGUGAAUCAGCUCGUAAAUCACGUAGCACUUUACUGAGUCUUAUUCGUCUUUUGUUUAGCAAAUUGCCUAUUGAUGCAGCACAAUCGUAUUUCAGUGAUUAUUUGUUGGCUUUUCUAACAGCCCCUGCAGAGAGUAGGUGUUCUGCUCGUCUACUUGGUUUACAAAUGAUCACAUCUGUUUUAGACAGUCAACCAUGUUUAUCAGCUUUGAGACAUCGUAAUAAUUUAAUCGAUAUCUUAAGCAAUGAUGUUCUACCAAUUGCAGCUAUACAAUUGAAUAAAUUACUUAUGUCUAAUCCAUCAUUGGUAAUUGCGAGUGGUUUGAAUGAGUUAUACAACAUGGACUCGAUGAAAACUCCAAAGGAAGAAUGUGAAUUGGUUAAAGUUGUUAAAGAAGACAACAAAUGGAUGAGUGAGUUGAAACUGCCUACAACCGAUAUAGAUAAUGAUGAGGACAAUGACGAUGUUAGUGAUGAUGCUGAUGGUUUAAAAGAUGACGACGGUGAUGGCCUUGAUGAUGAUGAGGAGGAGGAGGAGGAAGAAGAAGUUUUGAGUUUAUCUGAUGAAGAAAUGAAAACCGAUGGUGAUUAUGAUAUGGAGGAUGAAGAUGCAGAACUUGAUGCAUUCGCCAAUUCUGCUGACAAUAUCACAGAACCUCCUUCCAGCACUACACAAGCUGAACCAACAUAUUCAAGGAAACUUAAAUGUUUAAAGUCGGCUAUCGAUAAUCAAUACUUUUUGGUUGCUCAUACAAUGGAACAUUCACUGAAGCUUAUUUACCAUUUGGUGACUAGUUCAAAAGAAGAUAAAACAAACACAAAUGAUCCAUCUAACCACGAAAUUGAUAGUUAUAUUUCAUCCGUGAAAUUAUCUCCAUUCUGGCGUGUUCUUCUUAAUGGACCAAAAUAUGAUAAUUCCUUACCAAUCACUGAAUUACAAUCGAAAAAAGUACAGAAAGCAUUGAAAAAACGUCGUGAACAGUAUAGUACAUUGUUCUCCGGUUUACCAGAAGAAUUGAAUGUAAAAUCAAAGAAAGUCAGCCUUUUAGUUACUGGUCAUCGUGAAACACGAGAAUGGGCUACACGCUGUUUAUCUUUACUAUUAAAACUUGAGGUCAGUGCAAAUAACGAUCGAUUAGCUAGUAAAGAAGCUAAGACAAUGAAUUCAGAAGCAUCUGGUAUAAACGCUAGAUCAAAUAUCUUUAAGAAAUUACAAAAAAGCAAAUCAGGCUUAAACAAAGUACUGCUAAGAUUACUCGAUGGAUUGUUGUUCCAACUACAAACUGAUGCUCGUGUACCCAUAUCAGAUGAAUGGUCGAAUUCGCUUCUGUCGAAUUUGAUAUACUUAGGUCAAUUGUUACAUCUAACUGUUGGUCGUAAACCUGUUCUGAGAAUAUUUCGAGUUGCGAAUAAAAUUGCUCUAGAUGAAUUGAACAACAGGCCACAAUAUUAUUGUCAGAGAAUACUGGCAUUGAAAUUGAUUACUGGUCUGUUGUUGCGUCUACCACAUCCGCAUACAAAUGUUCUGUUUGAUAUGUUCUCCUUAACAAAAUCACAAGAAAUUCGCGACAGACAAGCAGAGGAAUCAGUUAUCAAUGAUGAUUCGUUAAAAAAAGAAGAGCAAGCACCAGCAUAUUUUGCAUACUUGAGAUCUGCAUCAAAAUUACUCAGUCGAGAAUUUCGUCACCGUGAACGAUUAGCCUUUAUAGCAGCUUCUUCGUUAUCAGCUAAUGCUAAUGAUGAUAGUACUGAUGUUGGUGCUAGAAUACGAUUACGCGGUAUUCACUUAUCAAAAGAACUUACAGUGAGGGCGAAAUCCAGAAGACGAAGAGCACAGGCUCGUCUCCGUCGUGCACUUAUGUCAGGUACAAUAAGACCAGAAUCUGCACAAAGUCUUGUUGCUUCAGUAUCUGCUGGAAUGGCAAAAGCUGGUCCUGAUCAAUUAAUAGAUCUAAUUGAAUCUACUGAUUCUGCUCUAACACAAGAACUUGGUGAUGGAAAUCAUCAACUUAUUCAAAUAAUUUGUAGUAGAGCGUCAUUAGGUGCACGUGCUAUCCGCGAACGACGUAAUCUACACAAAGCUACUCGUGAUGCAUUGGGUGUAGCAUGGAGUGGUCCAGUUAAGAAAAAGUCGGCGUUAGAUGAUCAACGUGAAUUAUCUUUAGAAGUGGAAAGCUCCAGUGUCAAUGAAGAUAUUGCAUUUAAGCAACCGUGUCAAACAAAAAGGCGCAAAAAUGAAGAAUCGGAUGGAGAACAACACAAGAAGAAAAAGCGUCGAAAGUGUUGA